GGCCCCGCCCCCGGCCCCGCCCCCGCCGCCAUGCGGCCCGCCUGGACUGCGCUGUGGCUGCGCCUGGCCUUGGCCCUGGGCCUGGUUGGCCCCCUGGCUGUGGGUUGGGCCUCUGCCCGGGCCCCCAUCUAUGUCAACAGCUGGGCCGUGCGGGUGUCCCAGGGUUACCAGGAGGCCGAGCGCCUGGCGCGCAAAUUCGGCUUCGUUAACCUGGGGCAGAUCUUCCCCGACGGGCAGUACUUCCACCUGCGGCACCGGGGCGUGGUCCAGCAGUCCCUGACCCCGCACUGGGGCCACCGCCUUCGGCUGAAGAAAGACCCCAAGGUGCAGUGGUUCGAGCAGCAGACCCUGCGGCGGCGGGUGAAGCGCUCCUUGGUGGUGCCCACAGACCCCUGGUUCCCCAAGCAGUGGUACAUGAACAACGAGGUGCAGCCAGACCUGAACAUCCGGCAGGUCUGGAGCCAAGGGCUGUCGGGCCAGGGUGUCGUGGUGUCUGUCCUGGACGACGGCAUCGAGAAGGACCACCCGGACCUCUGGGCCAACUACGACCCCCUGGCCAGCUACGACUUCAACGACUACGACCCAGACCCCCAGCCGCGAUACACGCCCAGUAACGAGAACCGGCACGGGACCCGCUGUGCUGGGGAGGUGGCCGCAAUGGCUAACAACAGGUUCUGUGGCACAGGCGUGGCCUACAAUGCCCGAAUCGGAGGCGUGCGCAUGCUGGACGGCACCAUCACGGACGUGAUCGAGGCCCAGUCGCUGAGCCUGCAGCCCCAGUACAUCCACGUCUACAGCGCCAGCUGGGGCCCCGAGGAUGACGGCCGCACGGUGGACGGCCCUGGCGCGCUCACCCACGAGGCCUUCCGGCGCGGUGUGACCCAGGGCCGCGGCGGGCUGGGCACGCUCUUUGUCUGGGCAUCGGGCAACGGCGGGCUGCACUACGAUGACUGCAACUGCGACGGCUACACCAACAGCAUCCACACGCUCUCCGUGGGCAGCGCCACCUGGCGCGGCCGCGUGCCCUGGUACAGCGAGGCCUGCGCCUCCACGCUCACCACCACCUACAGCAGCGGCGCCGCGCCCGACCCCCAGAUCGUCACCACGGACCUGCACCACCAGUGCACGGACAAGCACACGGGCACCUCGGCCUCGGCCCCGCUGGCCGCGGGCAUCAUUGCCCUGGCGCUGGAGGCCAACCCGCUCCUGACCUGGAGAGACAUGCAGCACCUGGUGGUCCGCGCGUCCAGGCCCGCGCAGCUCCAGGCCGAGGACUGGAGGACCAACGGCGUCGGGCGCCAAGUGAGCCACCACUACGGCUACGGGCUGCUGGACGCCGGCCAGCUGGUGGACAUGGCUCGCACGUGGCUGCCCACGCAGCCCCAGCAGAAAUGCGCCAUUCGGAUCGUGCACGCCGCCACCCCCAUCCUGCCGCUGCUGCGCGUGAGGAGGAACGUGUCAGCCUGCGCCGGCCGUGUCAACCGAGUCCGCUCACUGGAGCACGUGCAGGUGCAGCUGUCGCUGUCCUACAGCCGCCGCGGCGACCUGGAGAUAGCGCUCACCAGCCCCAUGGGCACGCGCUCCACGCUCGUGGCCGUCAGACCCCUGGACGUGAGCAGCCAGGGCUACAACAACUGGGUCUUCAUGUCCACCCACUUCUGGGACGAGGACCCGCGGGGCCUGUGGACCCUGGGCCUAGAAAACAAGGGCUACUACUUCAACACGGGGACGCUGUACCGCUCGACGCUGCUGCUGUACGGGACAGCGGAGGACAUGAUGGCGCGGCCCCGCGGCCCCCAGAGUGCCACAGCCCCGCCUACCUCCUGGGCCGCCUCUGCCUCCCCUCCUGCCCACCACGGUACUUCAACCACACGCGGCAGCCAGUGACCGCCGGGCCGGGGCGCCCGGCCACGCCCGCCCUUCGCGUCUGCUCCAGCUGCCACCCGUCGUGCCACACCUGCCGCGGCAGCUCC